AUGUCGAGCGACCAAGCGACCCAACAUGGCUCUCUGGAGAACCUCCUGCCACCGAGCUGGAAAGCCCAGAUCACGACCUGGCUCGCCGAAGACACUCCUUCCUUCGACUACGCCGGGUUCGUUGUCGGGGACCACCCACGGACAGCAACACUCUGGGGCAAGAGCGCCGGCGUCAUAGCUGGCGUUCCCUUCUUCACCGAGAUCUUCAAGCAAUGCGGGUGCACAGUCGAGUGGCACGCGGCCGAGGGAAGCUACAUCGACCGACCGAAGGACGGGCCGGGAAAGACAAAGGUGGCCACCGUCACCGGACCGGCUCGAGGCCUGCUGCUCGCUGAAAGAGUCGGGUUGAACCUGCUGGCGCGGUGUUCGGGUAUUGCUACAGCCAGUCGCAACAUGGUACAGAGCCUGCGCAAAGCAGGAUACGAAGGCAUACUAGCGGGGACGCGAAAGACGACCCCGGGGUUCCGCAUCGUCGAGAAGUACGGCAUGCUGGUCGGUGGCGCCGAUCAACAUCGCAUGGACCUGAGCUCCAUGAUCAUGCUGAAGGACAACCACGUGUGGAGCCGAGGCAGCAUCACCGAAGCAGUCCAGGCUGCCAAGAUGGUCGGUGGGUUCGCGCUCAAGAUCGAGGUCGAGGUCCAGAGCGAAGCCGAGGCAGACGAGGCUAUUGAAGCUGGCGCUGAUAUUGUCAUGCUGGACAACUUCACAGGCGAGGGGGUCAAGAUUGCGGCAAAGAGCUUGCGGGAGAAGUGGAAAGGCAAGCGGCAAUUCUUGAUCGAGGUCAGUGGCGGACUGCGGGAGGACAACGUAUUUGAUUAUGCCAACAAUGAUAUCGAUAUUAUCUCGACAAGUUCCAUUCAUCAGGGGACGUCUUAUGUCGACUUCUCCCUCAAAAUCGAUCCCGGUCAGGCUACGAAGGCAGCUUGA